CAACUGCACUCGCACAGAUGGAGAACGACUGCUGCAUCUGCACACUACGUUGAACCUCGUCGCACACUGCACCCAACACACGAUAUGUUCGUUGGCGUGGCUGGGGUGUCGUCCCUGGUCCGUGAGGACCAAGUCCGGGAGCUGCUUGCCAAGUGCGGCAAAGUGGAGGAGCUGCGCGUGUACAGGGACAACACGGAUCCAAGACAGCGGACAGUGUGUGUUAACUUUGAGAAGGAGGAAGACGGCAUGGUGGCCCUCCAUUUGACAGACAAGUUUCUCAUUGACCGCCUCAUCAAAGUGGAGCGUCUGGACAACUGGCCACGAGGGAUUCAGGAAAUUACCUUCCAGGGAGAGCCCGUGAGACGAGCACCGCCGCCAUCUGCACCGGUGCCUGCACCCAAACCAGCGGCCGCAGCAGCAGCAGCAGCAGCAGGCCGAGCACCACAGCAACAACAGCAGCAACAAGGGCAGCAGCAGCAGCAGCCAGCACCCGCCGCCUCAAAACCAGAUGCUCCCGCUGCCACCAGCACCGCCACCAGCGCAGCAGCAACCGGCGCUUCUGCGCACACACCUGCUGCAAGCAAAGAAACCCCUGAGCCCUCGCCAGAGGUGUAUGUUGCGGAUGUGCCCACCACUGUUGCCAAGCCCGACCUUAUUCUCUUCUUCACGCGCGCCUGCGGGCCCGUUCGCACCAUCGACGUUCGCGGUGACGCCGUGCACACGCCAAGCAUUGAUCCGCCUAAAAAACAAAAGUACAGCAUCAUCAUAAAACCCUCCAGCGGGUGGUCACGUAUCAAAUUGGCAAUUGACACGAAUAGCGAUCGCCAAUAA